GAGGGUCGGUGCCAUGGCCAGGAUGUGUGAGUUUGGUGACGGGAAGGAAUUUGAGGAGAUCGUGAGCACCGUUGCAGAACACGCGAGAAAUAAGGAAGUGCGAACAAUGGCACUCAAGAUGCUUAGUCGUAAAGGAACGCUGGCGGAUUUGGUUGACAAAGUUCGUCAAAUUCAAGCUGUCAACAUGAACGAGGAAUAUUAUCGCCUUAGACAUGGAACGGUAAAACAAGCUACAGUCGCUUCGGUGAGCGUGGGUCAAGGAAGAAGCGACCGUCAGGAUUUCACUCGAGACUUGACGAGCCGCGGACGAUUCGGAAAUCAACAGUUUCGACGUAGAGACGAACUGGUUCCUAGCAGACCUGUGACACCUGGGUGGAAAAAUUCUGGAGGAGAACGUUGUUUCAGGUGCAACAGUGUGUUUCACAGGCCGAAUGAUUGCAGUGCGAUUGAUAAAACCUGCUUGAAGUGUGGACGCAAAGGUCAUUUCAAGCGAGCCUGCAAGACAUUAAUCCGGACGGGAAACAAGCGUGUGGGUGAAGCAGACAGUUCGUACGUUGAAGCAAAGAAGAUUGCAAUGGUGGACAUGGAAGGAAACGCAAAGGAGGAAGAGAGACCAACCGAAGAUGAUGUAGGUGACAAUAAGUAUUGA